UCCGUUUGCUUCCCCGAGAGAGAGAGAGAGAGAGAGAGAGAGAGCGACUCCUAAGAGCUCCAAUUUCUCCAUGGAUGCUUCGAUCUGUACCCUCCUUCUCUCCCAAAGAAAUCUCGUAGAAAUAAACCCAUUUCCUGGACGGGUUGCUUGUCUUGAGGAAAUUUAGAUUUCAGCACAUUGCCUAGGGCUUUAAAAGUUCGUUACUUGAGGUGGGAUUUCAUGGGCUAAAGACAGAAUAAUGGGUAGCUUAAGUGAGGACGAAGAAUGGCGAUUUUUUGAUGCCCAAGAAGAUAUUGCAUCUGUUUCUGAUGCAAAUUCAGAAGGCACUGAUACAUCUAUUGCAGUUCGUAGUUCCAGCGACCUAGUUUCAAGUAGUUUUGUAUAUGAUGUAUGGUUACAAUGCCCAGGGAGUGUUAAGGAACGGCGGGAUAAAUUCUUCAAUUGGAUGGAAAGGAACCUAGAUCCGAUAGCCCAUGGGGAUUCGUUGGGGGAAUUUGGUUUUGAAAGGGAAGUAGACAGGCUUAGGGAGAGCAGUGGGGCUGUGUUGAGAACAUUCGUUUUUGAAGAUGAGUUUUGUUCCAGUCGAUCUUCCAUGUCUUGUUGGUCUAGUGGUGAUCCAGAGAGUUUUAUCUAUAGAGAUGAGAAUCCACAUGGUGGAAUGGCUUAUAAUGUGGAGGAAACAGGGGAUGCUGGGAAGGCAAUUGACAGUUGUCAGGUGGGUUCUGAGACAAUUUCAGAGGAGUACAUGCCUGGUUCAACUUCCUCAUUUCAACGGCUCUCAGCGAAAGAAUUUGAGCAUCAGAAUAGUGUCAAAACAUCAAAGGGAGUUAAGAAUGGCUGGUUGAAGAGAUUACGUUCUAUAGCAUGUGCUGUGGAUAAGCAACGGGAAGCUGAGAAAUUAAGACCCAAUGAGAAUGAUGAUAUUUUGGGUUAUCGAAUACAGAGAGCUAAGGUUCGCCAAUAUGGGAAGCGAUCCAAGGAACUAUCUGCACUUUAUAAGGGGCAAGAUAUCCAGGCUCAUGAGGGUUCAAUAUUAACUAUGAAAUUCAGUCCUGAUGGACAGUACCUUGCAAGUGCCGGUGAAGAUGGGAUUGUGAGAUUGUGGCAAGUAGUGGAGGAUGAUAGGCGUAAUGAACUUGACAUUCCAGAAAUAGACCCAUCCUGCAUAUACUUCACUGUCAAUCGCCUGUCUGAGCUGAAACCCCUCUUCAUGGAUAAGGAGAAGAUUAGUAAGUUAAGGAGCCUGCGGAGAACAUCAGACUCUGCCUGUGUCAUUUUCCCGCCAAAAGUUUUCCGGAUAUUAGAGAAGCCAUUACACGAAUUUUAUGGACAUUGUGGUGACAUCCUUGAUCUCUCGUGGUCAAAGAAUAAUUAUCUGCUGUCAUGUUCCGUGGAUAAAACUGUUCGUCUAUGGCAAGUGGGGUGUGACAACUGUCUUGGAGUUUUUUCGCAUAGUAAUUAUGUAACCUGUGUUCAGUUUAACCCUGUGGAUGAUAAUUACUUUAUGACGGGCUCAAUUGAUGGAAAAGUACGGAUUUGGGCAAUUUCUGAUCGUCAAGUUAUUGAUUGGACCGAUAUUAGAGAUAUCGUCACUGCACUAUGUUAUCGUCCAGAUGGGCAGGGGGGAAUUGUUGGCUCUAUGACAGGAAAUUGUCGCUUUUACAAUAUGUCAGACAAUCACUUGCAACUGGAUGCUCAGAUAUGCUUGCACAAUAAAAAGAAGUCACCCUGCAAAAGAAUAACAGGCUUCCAGUAUUUCCCUCAAGAUUCAAGCAAAGUGAUGGUUGGCUGUACUGAUUCACAAGUCAGAAUUCUCCAUGGGCUUAAUGUAAUUGGAAAAUACAAGGGCCAUCGUAGUGCCGGAAACCAGAUGUCUGCAUGUUUCACUUCAGAUGGGAAACAUAUUGUCUCUGCUUCUGAGGAUUCUAAUGUAUAUAUGUGGAAUUGCGUUGAUGAAGAGGGCGCCAUUUCUCAAGCAAAAAAUGUUAAGUCUUGUGAGCGGUUCUCCACCAAUGCAUCCGUUGCAAUACCUUGGCAUGGCUUGAAAUAUGGAAACUCUGAGAAUGGGUACCAUUUUAGUGUCUCAAGCGAUAAGUCAUUGGAACCUCUGCCAUUUACUUCACCUGCUUGUUUCUCUCUAAGCCAAGAGUUCUUCUUAGAAUCUUUUCCCAAGGGACAUGCGACUUGGCCUGAGGAGAAGCUUCCUGCAGCAAGCCGAUUGCCUUCAUCGUCAGGAUUGCAUAAAUCACACUACAAGUUUCUUAAAUCUUCAUGCCAGGGAACAUCUAGUUCUCAUGCUUGGGGUUUGGUUAUUGUGACUGCUGGAUUGGAUGGGCGAAUUAGAUCGUUUCACAAUUAUGGGUUACCGGUAGCUGUUUGAAAUGUUAGUGUUUUGGCAGAGCUUUCAGUGAACCUGGAUUCUUCAGUUUGAUUGGGCAGUUUUCAUGCUUAUUGUUCGUUUGGUCGAUGAAGUUGUGCAAUCCAGUAUUGGAUGGGCUAAUGAGCAAAAAAAAUGUUGGAAGCGUAAGCAGCCAUGAUGCACAAGGUUGGAAAGCCAAUGAGAGCUUGUGCUCCGUAGAUUGAUAGGGUGGGGGGUCAUGGAAGAUAUUGGGGGUCUACUGCGACAGAACUGGGUCGUGACAUAUUGCUGUUUUUAUGUGGUUGCAAUGCAAAUGCUUGGGAUAAGCAGGAGGCAUCUGAAAAUAAUUUGUCGAACGGCCUUAAAAAAGAUAUGCAAAUCAUGUGUUAAGAGGGGCCAUGAUUUUAAUUUUAUCUUGUUAUAAUUAAAGUGGCAGUGGGGCCUUUGAAGAGCAAAGUCCUCUAUGGAAAGGGAAGGCCGAGAAUCAAGGCUACUAGUGGUCUCAAGUUAAUUUGGGAAGAAAAAUAGAAAAUGGUGGGGAACCCUGCCAUUACACCAUAUCUGUUGGUCUGAAUAAUUGAGUUGUUGUCUGCCAUUUCUGGCUGCUCCAUGGUAGGGCCAGUUUCUCCAGCAGUUCAAGCUGUGGAGGGAUGCUUAGCAAGUUGCGUUUUCUGCAAAACCGUGGCGUUUUACUCAAAACUCCCAUAUUUUGACAACAUUUAUGGUAGAAUCCUCAAAUCUUUUCGCGGCGGCUUUCGUUCGUGGGUGCGAUAGCGUGUCUACUAACUUUGAUCAUACAUGGUGAUGACAACCCCUUUUUUGUUUUGCUAACACAAAUUGUAUAUGUUAUUCAAUUAGACUAUAUGCUCUACAUCCAGUAAAUGCGUAUAUAAAUUAUUAUUUUUUUGGUCUCAAAAU